AUGAGUACUCAUAGUUUAGAAUCAUAUCAGAUCAAAUAUAACAUCGGAAAAGGCGGAUUUGCUCAAGUUUAUUACGCCAUCCACAAGCUCACAGGAACUAAAGUUGCAAUCAAAAUCAUUCCCAAAUCGAAAUUCUCAGAUGAUACAGACUCAAAAAUCAGAAUACAGCGUGAAAUCGAGAUACUGAGGAAAAUACGCCACCCAUUCGUCGCAGAACUUUUUGAUGUUGUCGAAACAGACGAUAAUAUUUGCAUCAUCAUGGAAUAUGCUCAAAAUGGAACCCUUCUCAAUUAUCUUAAUGAGUUUGGUCCAUUCACUGAAGAAAAUGCUAAAUUAAUUUUUGCACAAUUAAUUAUUGUCAUGAAAUACUUGUUUAGCAAUUUCCAAAUUGUUCACAGAGACAUCAAAGCUGAGAAUAUCCUUUUAGACUCAAAUAACAAUAUACGUGUUAUCGAUUUUGGAUUAUCGAGUUAUCAGCUCGGAGGACAGCUUUUCAAAACCCAGUCCGGAUCGCCAUGCUAUGCUUCACCAGAACUACUAUUAUGCAAAGAGUAUACCAUUGCAGCUGAUAUUUGGAGUGCUGGAGUUUUAUUAUAUGCUUUAGUAUCAGGAAAUUUGCCAUUUCAAGACCAGAACAUGACAAAGCUUGUUCAGAAAAUUGCUUUCAAAGAGUUAGAUUAUCCAGAUAAUUUUUCAGAUCAGUUAAUUGACUUAUUAAAGAAAAUUCUUCAGAGAGAUCAGAGCAAGCGCAUAACAUUAGAUGAGAUAAUGGCUCAUCCAUGGGUUAAGGAUUCCAUUAAGACAAUGACAGACAAAUUGCUUCAGUUUUCUCUUGACAAAGAAAUGAUAAAUUCCACUCUGAAGAUAUUAGGGUUCAAUACUACCCAAAUCGAGAAAGAUCUUUACUCCAAUAUAAUAAAUCAAGGAACAAUUAGUUACAGAAUUUUAAGAAGAGAAUAUUUUUUGGCUAAUUUUCCUCCUUUAUUCCAUACUUGCAAGGAAGGAAAAUCGAUGAAGUCAAAUAGCCACAAUGCUAUCGAAGCACUUCCAAGGCUUGAUAAUAAGCAUGUUAACUUUGGAAAUCGUAUGUCACUUCCAUCACAACAAGCAACACCAGUGAUCAUUUCCAAACGAAGACACUGCCCAUCUCCGGUAAUUCAUAUGCCUCAAUAA